UGCAUAAAUGGCAGAGGACAGCAGCCACUCCACUCCAUGUUUUGCCCUGCCCUGUGCGCUCUGCUCGCUGUGCAGCGUGCGUCUCCGUUGCAUUUCGCUUUCCUCACACUGACAUAAACACGGGGCAGCGGUGUGUGCGUGCGCUGGAGAAGUUGUUGGCACACUGAGCACCAGGUAUCUUCUUCACGAGGAUUUUGUUCAAACUGGGACCGAUCUGACUCGUUGGCUAUUUCUUUUCUUUUUCGAGGUGAAAAUGAGGUGGAAGCACCAGCAUCUAAAGUGAGGAGUCUCUCUCCCUCUCUCUCUUUUAAAAAAAAUGAAAAUCUGAACGCGCAGACUGGAGAAAUCGUUCAAUCAGGCUUUGUUUUUUGGGAUUUCUCUUAUUCUAUCGGAUCUCUUAUUUCUCUGUGAAACAUUAUCAAGGAUUUCACUGAUGUAUGCGAUGUGGAGACUGCAAGUCGCCUUAUGUACUCUGUCGGUGCUGUCCCUGUCAUCCGGUGGUGAAAGCAAAGCGCGGAGCUGUAGCGAGGUUAGACAAGCUUAUAACGCGAAAGGAUUCAGCCUCGUCAAUGUACCUCAUCAGGAAAUAUCAGGUGAGCACCUGCGUGUCUGUCCUCAGGGAUACACCUGCUGCACGUCAGAGAUGGAGGACAAACUUAACCAGCAGAGCAAACUGGAGUUUGAGAAAUUGGUUGAGGAGAGCAGCCACAAAAUGAGAACAACAUUUGUCUCCAGGCAUAAAAAGUUUGAUGAGUUUUUCUUGGAACUGCUGGACAAUUCUGAGAAGUCACUCAACAGUAUGUUCACACGGACAUACGGGAAGCUGUAUAUGCAGAACUCUGAAGUAUUCCAGGACCUGUUCACUGAGCUAAAGCGCUACUACACGGGGGGCAACGUCAACUUGGAAGAGAUGCUAAAUGACUUCUGGUCCAGGCUGCUGGAACGCAUGUUCCAGUUACUUAACUCCCAGUACCACUUUACAGAUGACUACCUGGAGUGCGUCAGUAAAUACACAGAUCAGCUAAAGCCUUUUGGAGACAUUCCCAGAAAACUUAAGGCCCAGGUCACCAGAGCAUUCAUCGCUGCAAGGACGUUCGUCCAGGGGUUAAUGGUGGGCCGGGAGGUUGCCAACAGGGUCGCUAAGGUGAAUGUAGCUCCAGCAUGUGUUAAAGCCUUGACCAGGAUGCUGUACUGUCCAUACUGUCGUGGAAUGCCUGGGCUCAAACCCUGUCCCAACUACUGUCACAACGUAAUGAGAGGCUGUCUAGCAAACCAGGCAGACCUAGAUUCUGAAUGGAACCUCUUCAUUGAUGCCAUGCUGCUGGUGGCAGACAGGCUGCAAGGCCCCUCCAAUAUUGAAGCAGUUAUACAACCAAUUGACAUCAAGAUCUCUGACGCUAUCAUGACUAUGCAGGACAACAGCAUGCAAGUGUCAGCCAAGGUCUUUCAAGGGUGUGGCCAACCAAAGCCAUCAGGAAUAGGCAGGUCUGUGCGGGGCAUCUCAGAUGUGUUCAGUGGGCGUUUCAGGCCCUACACCCCUGAGGAGAGGCCAACCACUGCAGCUGGAACAAGCCUGGAUAGACUGAGGGCUGUCUGGAGGACAAUGCAACACAGUGUGAUUGACAUCAAAGAGAAACUCAAGGAGUCCAAAAGGUUCUGGUCCAACUUGCCAGAUGACAUCUGUGCCAAGGGCAAACUCACAGAGCCCGAUGAGGAGCAGUGCUGGAACAGCCACACUAAGGGCAGAUAUUUUCCUGAAGUGGUGAAGGAGGGUCUAACCAACCAGGUGAACAACCCAGAGGUGGAAGUGGAUAUCACCAGGCCCGACACGCUGAUUCGGCAACAGAUCAUGGCGCUACGUGUCAUGACCAACAAGCUGAAGAACGCAUACAACGGAAAUGACAUCUACUUCCAGGACUCCAGUGACGAGGGCAGCAGCUCCGGCAGCGGCAGCGGUUGCUCCGACGGCUGCACAACAGAGUUUAUUUUUGUUGGAACAGAGGCUCCCGUGAUCGGAGCUGACAGAAGCGAUGAGCGCGCAGCAGCCGCGGGCAAGUCAGUUUCCUGCGGACCCUCCGUACUGCUGCUGACGGUUGCCCUCACACUCCCGCUUUGGGCGAUGCAGACUCAGUGGAGAUAAUACAGUGUGGCCCGCAUUACCACUGACUUUUUUUUACUGUUACGUAACAGUAUGUUUAACAGCAAGUUGUACUGCUGUUCCCUCACUGGACAUGUAGAGCCUCCUGGAAACCUGUUGAGAAUGGCUUACUGUAUGGUGUGGUAGGAGUGAAAGUGCUGCAUCCCGCUUGUCCCCCAAAGAAUGCUUGGUGCCAUCAGUGAACCAGCUUUCACAUCAAAAUAAAGAAAAUGUGUUUUCUCAUUAUUCUAAAGUGAGUUUUGGAGGGUAAAAAAAGCCCAAAACAUCUUUUAGAAAUGAAACCCUCUAAAGAUGGUUCUGUCAGUGAUUUUUUGUUCCAGAUAAAAGGGAAUCUAUUUUUCUUUUCCUUUGUAUGAUGAAUGGAGAAAACGAGACGACACCUAUUUUAUCCUAUUAGUCUUCUCCCCCAAAAGGAAAAACAAAAUCAAAAGGAGAAAGUUUUACUGUGUGCAUGCGUGGAUAUGAUGUUAACUGACAAAACAUUCUUUUUUUUUCCGUUUUUAUGCAGGCUACACAGUUUUUUGGAGUGAUUGUGCAGGUUGUACAGUGCUAGCAGUUCGCCUGGUUUCCCGUUUGGUCAUAUCGACGUGGCUUCAGGAAGCAGCAGGUCUUACAGCCACAUUAUUGUUGCACAUUUGAUUAUCUCUUUAGAAAGUGCUAUCGUACUGCACUAAGAGAACUACUUUGCACAGAUUAUUUUUGUUGGCUUCAUAAGUUUCUACAGCUACAGAAAACAUCCACCCCACAGAGAAAACGAUCUAUAUUUUCAGAUCAUUUAAUUGAUUGUAUUGUACUUAUAAGCAGUUACAGUGGAAGGUACUGUAAUGUAAUCUUACUGGCAAUGGAUACUUUUUUUUAACAACUGUGUCAUUGUUUCUACAAAUUAUUUGAUCAUCUGUUAAAUAAAAACUAAGAAUGGUUCUGCAGCAGCACUAAUUGCCUGUUAACAGCGUUCAGGUAUCUAAUUUACUUUCGUCUGUCUGGGUAGUUAACAUGCACUCACGCUGGUUCUGUUAUUCUCAGAGGACUUGGAGGAGAGUAAUAAUAGAUAUAUCCUUAUGAAAUUUUAAUUUCCUUAAUUUUCUUGGCUGCCACACUGAUGAAUUUUGCUUUAUGUUACUUGUUUAUUUGCAUACAUGUAAAGUUACCCGUCGUAACCUCUGAUAUCCUCUGCUGGUUACCCCUCAUGUCUUGCAAUGCAUCAUACUGAAAUUUGCAUGUUCUUUGGUUAAUGAGAGCAGACCUAUGCCCCCUACAGGCUACAUGCGGUGUAAUUGGUCGUGUUCUCUUAGAGGACGCGUACAAAGUCAGCAACUUUUAAAAAAGAGUUCCGAGGCCAGAGGGCUCCAAAUGUACUCGUACAACUAAGGUAACUAUUCGUAACUUUCAUUCUGUGUCCUGCAGGCUUUGACCUUUAGCAGACUCAAGAGGCUCAGGGAGCAAAGCACUUCACAAAUACAACACAGUGGUUGAUGUUGAACUGUAUACCAGAAGGGUUCAUAGCUGAGUGAAAGGCUAUAAGUGGCGGCCAUAAUAAGAACUGGUCACAUUCGCCGAAUGCUAAAGUAAUGCACUUCCUGUUCUGUCUCCUUUAGCAUGAGAUGCACUGCACCAUACUUUAUGAAAGGAAAUGAGUUAAUACUGUCUCUCAGUUCCUCGGGGUUUGAGCGCACGCAGCCGUUAUUAAUGUGAGCACUCUGUUGUUUCAGUUUAAUAACUGUUAGCCUGCAGUCUUUAAAAAAAAAUUCAGUUCCAACAUUGGUAAAAAAAGAUUUUUUAAAAAGCACGCUUUUUCAUUGAACUGACACUUUGUCUAUCACAUCAUGCCAGAUGAUCUCACCUUUUGCCCUGUGUCAGCUCAGAUAGGCUCAAGCUUUACAUAAGUAUUCAAGAAGGACUUUUUCUUUUUUGUUAUACUAGAGAAACGAUAGUUUUAAAGUACUCAGCAACAACUUGAUAACACCAAUCUGCCAAGUGAGAUUCAAUUAGCACUAAGUUCUAAGUUCUCAUUAAUUCUCCUCCACAUUUUACCUUAUGACAUUUUCUAUUAAGAUCAAGGGAAAGGGUUUAGAAAAAAAGAUGGGACUUUUUUUUUUGACAAUUCAUCUGCAACUAAUGGCUUUAACAUCUAGUCGCAGAGAAAUGUAGCUUUCGGAUACAAUAUCUUGCAAUAUGUAGCGUGAAUAUUGUUGAAGCCAUCACGAGUGUGCCUGGAGGAUUGAAUCUCAUCAGCUCAUAAGUACCUGAAAUGUUUUCACAAUACACAAGCCCAUUACUUCAACAGAGACCUUCCAGUAAAUACACAAAUAGACAAAUCAAUAGGAGCUAUGAGCAGCUAAAGAGAUCUUGUGUUUCAUGUACAAAAGCUUAAUAAAGAAAAUUCGGGGCACGAGUUUUCCUCGUCUCCACAGCGUGAAGAGGGGAUAGAAAAGCACAAAGUUUGUGCAAGCGUCAUGGAUCUCUUCACAGAAAACACCAUAAGGGAAAUCUACCCUCGGUGUGCUCAUAUGACUCACGAAAGAGAAACUGAGCACCACAGGAAGCUCCCACAGUUGACCUCUUUCACCUCACUUCUUAUCGAAAUGGUUUUAGGAUAAGGUGACUGAACAGCAGCCUCCUACUUAAAAAAAACACAAAAACCCCAACAGCAUAGCAAUUAAAUCACUGAGCAGCAAACCUUAUAUGUGUAGCACAACAACUGUGUUUAACCAAAGCAUGACUAAAGACAACACUGAAGCGAUUAACAAAAGGCCACCCAAUAACUAAUUGUGCACAGAAACACGAAGGCAGAGCAGUUCCAUUCACCUGUCAUCAAAACUGGUUGAAAAUCACAAGGGUUCACCCUGACUGAGGUGAAACGUUAGCGCAUAGAGCAAAACAAAAGCUGACAAGUAAAUCGUAAACAGAUUUGGAGGAUAAAUCAUGAUGCAAAACAAGCGUGUGACAUAUGAAGAGACUUUAAUCUUCUUUCUAUUACUCUAUAAAAGAAGCGUAUACACAUUUUCCUCACUAUCUAAUGGCGUUUUCCAUCUUUUCACGGUACCGCUUUUAUUUUAAUUACUAUAUGUCAUCCCAUUAUGUAGCCUGAUGUGUGACUAAACAUUUAGCACUAUCUGCUGUUUACCCUAAUGCUUAGUUUCUAAUAUUCACAUGACAGCAGGGGGAUAGAAAACAAAAAGAUGUUUUGUGUGCUUGUUUUUUUUGGUUUGUUUGGGUUUUGUUUUUUGUUUUUUUUAGAAAUUUCUUUAAAAUGUGCUGUACAUCUGGAUACAAAAUGGAACUACCGCCUACAUUCUUUGCUAAGACAAAUCGAUAAAGAAACAGUGUGCCUGAACUCACUCACUCACUCUAUCUAUCUACACACACACACAUAUAUAUAUAUAAGUGUGUGUGUAUGUAUAAAAUCCGUUUGUGUUUUCCUUCUAUGCUGUGCACUCAAAAAUGUCUAAAUGCCAACAUGCAUGUCAAAAUAACCAUUUUGCAGCUGGCAGUUAUGGUCCAGUGAGGGUCUGAGAUCAUAGUUAAUGCUCUAAUGAGUAAACUGCAAAGCACCCAUUAAAAAGGGAGCAGUGAGUCAACACUGGGGUGAUUUCUACCUGUGUUAAUUAGUCACCAACAAUGCCUGGAAGCAGCCCUGGGAGACUGAGAAGACUUCCCCAAUACCCACCAAAACUGUGCAUGCAGGAGACCCGUCUACAUUCGCUUCACUGCCGUAAUAACUGAGCAACUCAUUGGUGCCGGAGAGAGGAUGCGAUGCACAUUUUAAAGCCCCGGGUUUGAAAAGGUACAUGGAAAUUUUUAGUGCACACUAAAACGGAUGACUGAGCAAGUCUUUGGAGCCUGUCAAGGUCAAAGCCUGCAUGAGACGGGACGAGGGGUGCAUUGGAAACUUUAAACAUAAACACAGUUAGAUGACUCGACUGUGUUUAAAUCGUUUUUAUACAGAAGUUAUACGAGUCACUGUGUUGCACUAACAGCUUUUUAAAAUUGCUCACGUAUCCUGUGGUCACAGACAGACGACCAGCAGAAGCAUCAGCUGCUGCUGUUUCAGUGGGUCAGACAGGGAGUUGAGAGAACGUCACGCUGUAACUAUUUAUAACAUGGUGAAUGUUGAAUUAAAUGCCGUUGAAGUAACUAGCUGUCAGUCCUGUGCAGUGCUGGUUUUCCUCAUCUUUACUCACCCAGGAGUACCGCCCUGAGGACGCGAUAAUUGAAGUGAAGGAGGUUUCAUGUAAAAGUCAUGGUUUGUUACAUGGAGGCUGUUGAAGUGUGGACUGAUAAUUAAUUUUAGCUCUGGACGUUUACACUUAAGCAAGAAUAUCUAGAACGUUUCGACCGUAAUGGCAAAAAUGUUUUUUCCUUGUCUUUUUUUUUUUUUUUUUAAACGCGCUUUGUGUUUUGGUGAUUUCAUAAUUGGCAAAUUAAAUGAAUAUGCUGCGCAACAGGAAUAAAACUCAAUUAUAAGUGCAAGUUAGUGGGUUUUACUUGGAGUCAAACGCAGCCAAAACAUUGUGGAGGCAGAUAUUUCUGAGUCAGGGUCGGUAGUGAGGCGGAACAAUCAGUGCGGUCUGUGCUUGAUAAUAAGGCAGGAAGUUAGCCGUGUGGCUUCAGAUACGGCAUUGUUUAAGCUUUGGCACUGCUGCUCCUCAGUGGGGCUUAACAGCUCAGUUUUAUUUCUCCAAAGUGUAAAAACUCAAAGCAUCUGCAGCCAUACAAAGGUCGAAUGCACCCAUUAGAGCCUCUACAAGAUCUGUGACUGCAGCAACAAGAGUUUUUGGAUGACUAAGAUGAGGCUGGGCUUUAGCAGUGUUCUUCAGACAAAGUCAAGAAAGUGAAUUAAGAAAAGAAUGUUUUGGAAGUUUGGUGCAGUUUUUUCCAAAGAGCUUGUGUCUGUCUAAACAACAGUCUUCUCUCAUUACAAGAGGAAUGUCUGCCAUUCUCCACUGCCUUGUGUACUCCUCUCUUUCCUGGCGUGAUACGUUACCACGGUCACGCAUUCACAGUUUGACACGAUUCAGUGCUAAACUUGUUUUGUUUUUGUUUUUCUCUCAUUCAUUCAUUUUGGCAUUUAAAAAAAAAAGGGGGGGGGAAAGGUGAUGUGAGGUUUUUAAAGAGUGUUUUAUGCAAGAAUCUUCAUUUUGAUGUUAAUCAUUUGCUGCACUUUUGCUAAAACAUAUGCUGUGAGUGUGGUACUGUUGUGAUUUGCAAAAUCUGAUAAAUAAGGAGCACAUCAAGCGUUUUGGAACUGUUGGUGCACGUUGUUCAAAGUUUGUUUGUGUUUUUUUUUGGGGGGGGGGGGGGUCGAAGUUGAUGGUUAUACAAGCAGACAUGCCUUACCAUUUUUUAAAAGACUAAAAUGGAUUGCUUAUUUGGCUUUUGUUACACAUUCUUGUAUACAGAAGAUAAUACAAUGGUAAAAAAUAAACAUUUAUUUAAAAAAAAA